GCCUUUCCCGGCCCCGAAUGGUUAUUACCCAAUGCGUCAGGGUCUUACGUGAGGUCACCAUAACAUGUAAUCCCAGUUGUAAAGGUGUAUCUGAAAACCUUGUCUGUAUUCACGGAAUAAUCAACCAGCUGUCGUGUUAAUUACAAUGCCUGAACCAGAAUAAUUUCACUUCGUCAGCACAACCAAGAAACCACUAGGACGUGUAAGAUCGCCUUUACAAUCGCGUUUGUGAAGAAGUCGUCGGAAGACAAACAUGACGGAGCCAUGCCUGCUUGUCACCCUGGAUUACUACAGGGGUUACACCGAGAACGUGGACGGCGGGUUGGUGGCCCUAGGAGCGAUCCUGGGGUUCCUGCUAGGCGUUCUUAUCGCUGUCGUUAUAGCCAAGUGCUGUAUGUUUGACCUGCUUAGCGCUAGGUCCAAAGACCAAGGUGAAAUUUUACUGCUGGAGAAUGUGGUAGAGCCUGAAGACUUUUCAGAUGAGGAAGAAGAGCAGGAAGAAAAGAAGAAAGAGAAGGAGGAACAUAAAGAUCCUGACCAGCUGUCUAAUGUCUCUUUGCAGCCAGCUGAUGCUGAGAGGAAAGCCAGGCCGAGUCCCAGCACCAUCAGCAGAGACUCCGGUCUGUAUGACAUGGACGACCCGCUGUACUCAGACAGCCUGGUGGUGGCUCUCAUCAAGCCUAAAAGCGAGGAUAUGGACAACGAGCUCCGCUCCCAAGAUUUCCGAGCCACAGUCCAGCUGGAGAAAGAACUGAGAGAGCAGAAGAAUAAUUCCUUCCUGCAGAUCUUACGGAUUUUCCUGAAUGGCCUCUUCUUCAAGGAGAAAAUUGACGAGAAACAGUAUCGUAACAUCCUGACUAAGCACGAGAAGUCGAUCCAGACCGGAGAGGAGGAGAUCCGAACGGAGCUGCAGCAGGCGGAGGAGGAGGUGAUGGCUGAUGAGAGGCUGCAGAAGGACCCUGUUGCCAUGCAGGAGGCUCUGGAGAAACUCCACCCACAGUAUGUCCAGAGGAUGAACUCCCUGUUGAAAGAGCAGCAGGAGUCUGUACGACAGGACCUUAGCACUGCUGGAUUGCCACAGAAUGAGCUAGAGAAAAUCAUGUCCAAGUUUGUUGACAACAUGGCAACAGUGGACAGGCUGAUGGGAGAGCAGUUUGCUAGGCAGUCAUUGGCCUUACAAGAACGUCUGGCCAAGAGACAGAGGCUGGCAGGAGAACAUGCGGCUGCACAGGAGAGGGAAGAGGAGGAGGUGAAGGAACGAAUGAUCCAGCAGCAAAACACUUUGGACAAACUCUGUCAGGAUACCAAACUUCUGGACAAACAAAGGGACAGUAUCUGGGCACAGUACCAGUCUGACAUGCAGAGGGUUGAGGAGAACUACCAUGCAGACCUACAGGUGCAACAGGACGUGCUGAAGGAGAAGCUGCAGCAGCGCAGGCAGCACAAACUGCAGAAACUGGCAGCUAAGGAGGAGAUGGAGAAGGAGGAGCUCAACAACUCAGCUGCAGAGGGACAGACGGAUCCCAAAGACUUUGUCAAGGCGCAGCAUGACUUGAUGAUACAGCAGCAGCAGCGCAGGCUCAACAUACUGGAGGAGUUGGACGAGAGUGAGGCUGAGGAACUGAGCAUGCUCAAACAGCAACUUGACAGCAGCCGCGGACAGCUGCUGUUGGAGCAUGACCAGUCGCUGUAUGAGAACCUGCAGGCACGCGCACAGCUGUCGGAGAAGGAAGCCCGCAAACUCAUGAAGAAACACCAGCUUCAUAUGAAAAACUUUCAAGAACGUCAGGAUGAAGAAAGGAAAAGGCAACGAGAACAGCUGGAUGCCAAGUUGGCCCAAAGGAGAAGAAAACUGGAGGAGCAGAGUGCUACGAGCCAGGCAGAACAGAAGAUGCUGAAUGACCAGCAGGAGAGAGCCAUCACCAUGUUACUGGACACCCAGGCUGGACUCACAGAAGAAGCUAGAAAACAGAUAAUGAAGGAGCAUGAACAGAACAUGAUAGCUGUGAACAACCAGCUGCAGAUCAGCCGCACUCGACAACAGAAAAUCCUGGAGCAGAAGCUUGCCCAGCGCAGAGCCAAGCUGGAAGCCAAGACCAAGGCAAAGCAAGACGAGAAAAAGAUGCUGGAGGAGGAGUAUGAGGAGAUGGUGCAGCAGCUGGAGGAGGAGCGUCAGCAGGCCCUCACGGAGCUCAGGAAGAGGCUGGCAGAGGAGACAGACCAGGCACUCAAGGCCCAGGAUGAGCAGCUGGGUAAGGUGAUUGCCCGACUCCAGCUGGGCCAGGCUCGCCGACAGUCCAUCAUCAGACGUCAGGAGAAGGCCAUCAAGGAGCUGCAGGAACAGCUGGUGGACAAGGUGGCCGAGUCGGGACAGGUGUCUGACACGAAGACAGAGCGGAUCCUGCAGAACCACUACCGGGAGGUGGAGCUGAUCAAUGAGCAGCUGCAGAACAGCAGGGAGAGGCAGAUGAGAGCCCUGCAGGAGAAACUGGAGGUCAAACAGCUCAACAGGCAGAGGGCAAUUGAAGAGAAACUGGAUAAGGAAGAAAAAGAGCAGCUGAAGUAUGAACACAGAAGGGGGUCAUUGUCUGCGUCUGCUGUCCUGACAAAGAUGUUGAUGGACCGGCGUCACGAGGCGGCCAUGGAUGACCUGGAGAGAGAGAUGAAGCUGGAGCUGGCCAGACAGACGGACCAACUCAACCAGGAGCUGGAGGAACAGAUGAGGGGGGAGCUGGAGGACCGAGAGAAAGACCUGCUGUCCAAGUUGGCUGUGAUGGGAAACAUGUCCAAAAAGCAGCUAACUGAGGCAGUGGAGGAGGCUGUGGAGAAAGUGGGGGGAAAUGCAGAUGCCAAGAAACUGACCAAAGACUUGGCCAAGAGGAUGAAGCGACCAGGUACAGCUGGGGUCGGGGCAGAAAGGGACGAAGACGUGGAUGGUUACAGGCCUCGUCCCAAAACAGCUACAGGGGAUGGUUAUGACGAUGGCAUAAGGCCAGGCAAACUCCCUAAGAUCAAGAAGAAGAAACCCAAGAAAGCUUUCUCAGAUGACUAUGAUGAUGAAUAGGUUCAUGUAGUUCUUCGUUUGAAUGUACUGUUUCAUGUAAUACAUUUAUUCAAGGAAUCAACAAGUAUAAUAAACACCAGUAAUGUGUGUUCUUGUCUUGUGUCAAAUAAAUAAAAACCUUGUGUCAAUAAACCUCAAUGAAGACAAUGUUUUGAACAUGAUCAAAAUGAUUAACAAAGGUAAAGAAGUAGAA